ACACUGAUUAUUUUGGUAUUCCCGAGGACAUACCGUAAGCGGUGCUGUCACUUCUAUAUAGAUAGUGGGAGGCUGACUGCUACUGAGUCCCAACGAGUCUUAGAGCGCUGACAGGCACACGAGCAUAUCGACAGCAUACACCACUAGAGAAGCUGGUAACAGACUGUAGCUGCUGGCUAAUGUCCACGUUAGCAAGAGCUUAGCUACGUGGAUAGUUCACUCGUGUCAUUCUAUAUCACUCGUCAAACUGGGUCGAUCAGAGCAAAAUACAGCGAGGGAACUCUUCUCAUCUACAGCUUACACGUCUUCAAGGUUGUCGGUGGAAGUUAACAUUGCUUGGGUUUUAUCUCUGUGUUGCUGGUCACCUUGGCAGACGGUGCCCAUCAGGUUGGCACUGGAACAGGGAACCAACCAUGAGGGCUCUGUCUCUUAGUGUUUGCUGGCCAGUGUAAAUGCAGAUAUGCCCAGGGGGUCCCCAUCCUGAUGGACCGAGACACCUUCUCCCACAUCCGACUGUGGUGCCCGAGGCCUUUUGGCACCUACUCCCAGAACAAAGCUCGGAGCCCAGGCUCAGGGGGCAGCAGUGGAGGGGGUGGUGGAGCUGGGGCCCCUUCCCUCUGCAAGGUUGAGGCAUCUUCAGGUGCUGGAAGGGUGGGUAAUGGAAGUGAGGAUGGAGGGAUGAUAGUGGGGGUGCAGGAGCAGAAUGGCGAUGAGGAGGAUGUGGGCUCAGAGAACACUCCACCUGAACCUGAACUUGAAUCCAGCUCACUUACACAGGCCCAGGCCCCUCCACCCUCUUCAGUCCCUCCUUCACCUAUGCCUGGGUCCCAGUUGGAAGAUGGUCGUGUGCUGUUAGACACGUGGUAUGUAAUCAAGCCAGGCAACACCAAGGAGAAGAUUGCCUUCUUUGUUGCUCAUCAGUUCAGUGGAGCAGGUCAGUCCAGACCCAGUGCAAUGAAGGUUAAAGGAAAUUGGGCAACUGACUGCAGUAAAGCAAAACGGCGAAGACGGUGCUCUUCCUAUGACCCACCAACACGCUCCCAAGUCUCAGAGCCACACCCUAGCCAUGACUCCUCUCUUGCACCUUUGAGUCCUGAUAAGCCACCAUUUGGAAGAGUGAAUGAAACAGACCUCCUGUCAGUUGCAGAGAUGGUUGCCUUGGUUGAGCAGAGGACUGCUAUGGCCCUCCAGGGGAUUGUAGCUGUUCAUGGGAACCAACACCAGCAUACCCAAUCUACUACUCACAAUCAGGGCCUUGUCCCCCACCAGCACACUCUACUGCGUGGCACAGUGUCAGACCCUACACCUUUAGUAUUUGUGUCAGACAGUUCAAAUGGCCAGUCAUCCAAAGAGGCCCAGCAAUCAUCAUCUGCCAUCCAGACAGACCAGGAGCUAGAAGAGCAGCAGGAGUCAUGUAGAGUAGCUCAGGCUAUAGCACAUUUUGAGUCCCAGAACCUGGAGAAUCGGCUCCAUUUGGGCACUGGUUCUAUGGACCCCUCCAAUCGAGACAGAGACAGGGGGGCAAGUAGAGGAGAGUCUGGCCUUGUAACGCCACCUCCACCACCCAGCCACAGUCAUGGUGAAGUUAGAAUAGCUUUUAGAGUGUCAAAUCUGGACCCACGGUCUCAGUUGGAGACAAUUGGCAGAUCCCGCUGUAUGUUUAUGAGCUGUGGUGGUGGAAGCAACCAGGCAGCAGUCAGGGCCAAAGAGAAAAUCACCUGUGACCUCUACCAGCUUGUCAGCCCCUCAUCUAAAGACCCUAGUAGUCUCCUACUUGCUGCCACAACUGCUGCCCCCAAAACAGAUGGAGACCAUCACCCAGACAGGGUGGCCUGUGGCAGCCCAGACCCAACACAAGAGCUUUCCUCUGCUGAGAAGAAAGCUGUGAGUGUGGGUAGAGAGCGAGUAACUGGCUUUCAUGUGGAGGUUGUGGUUACAGGUGCUGUGGACCAAUGUGUGUUUUAUGGCAAGGACAGCACAGAGAAUGUGCAGGAGGAGACUGUGUGUUUUGCUAUGCCUACUGGGAGAGGGAGUGGGGGUGCAGGCAGCUCUACUGAUCCUUCAUUAGAUGACCCUCCUCCUGGACAGCUCUUUUUCCUUCAGCCUCCUCGGGGACCAGAGGAAGAUAUCAAAGGGAUGGGCCCUGGCAUUGGCUCAGGAAUGUGCUCUUUGGACUGUGCCAACAACAACAACAGCAGCCCAGGAGCAGGUGUACAAGUGGGCUCCCUGGAGCGGGCAACUCGACCAGACUCUCCUGGUGUUGUGGAAGAUUGUUCAGACCCCUCACUAUGUCGCCUCUACCGCCAUGUGUCGCAUGACUUCCUGGAGAUUCGCUUUCAGAUUCAGCGACUACUUGAACCGCGCCAGUACAUGCUGCUGCUGCCCGACCACAUCAUGGUCAACAUCUUUAGUUAUUUGCCCACACGCUCCUUGGCAGCCCUCAAAUGCACCUGCCACUACUUUAAGAUGUUGAUUGAGACAUAUGGUGUGCGAGCAGUGGAUUCACACUGGAAUCAAGACCCUCUCUACAGGGAUGACCCCUGCAAGCAGUGCAAACGGCAAUACGAGCGUGGCGAUGUUUCCUUGUGCCGUUGGCACCCCAAACCUUACCACCAUGACCUGCCUUACGGACGUUCCUACUGGAUGUGCUGCCGACGUACAGACAAGGACACGCCAGGCUGCCGUGUUGGGCUGCACGAUAACAACUGGGUCCAGCAGCCUGCUGAUGGUUCUCAGCCCAUCCGCACCAAGAGAGAAAACAGGAGGGAGGAGGCCAGGUAAAGAAGGAAAGACUGUACCCUUCACACCAAUUCUCAUCUCCUCCGUUCUCCCUCUCACCUCUGUCCAGUGGACAAAUAGGGGAAAAGACAGAGAGGAGAAAUGAGCACUCCAGGACUGUUUGUGUUUUACUUGGAUCCAGCAGUCCCUUCUCAUACUUGCCCUAAUUGGAGGUUGAGAGAUAAAGAAGGAAGAGAGGUGUGUCAUGCUCCUUGCCUUGUUUUUUUGUUCCAAACCCUCCAGGAUCCCUCUGUGUCCAGAGUGGCACCUUUUUAAAAGAUUGCAUACCAGGGUUGGGUCCCCUCCUGCUGCUGCUGUGUCCAUCAGCCCUCUUUCUGCGUCUUAAUCAUUUGAGUCUCUUUUAAACUCACAUACAUGGUUGUAGGGUAAUUCACAUGUUAACUUUGCAGUGUAGUUAAAUGAGAUUAGCAUUCAUUAAGUGACGCAUAGAAAUGUACUGCCCUGGAGCCUGCUUACUGUUCCAAUACUUGUUCUGUGUGGCAUCACAAACCUCCAUGUUAGCUGUACAAUGGUGCUUCAAGGAAUAAGACAUUACAACCGGUGUACAUUUUCAGUGAUGGAAUGUUCAACAUUGCUCAAGAAAUGUGAUUGUAUAAAGCAAACUUGAUUUUACCUUCUGUACCUGUCCCGCUCUACAGUUUUCUAUUUUUCUGAAUGUGCUGUUGCAUUCUCUGUUGAUCAGUCACCUGGUAAUGCUGCUGAAAUCAUUGCUUUGUGUCAUUGAUGUUACUUCAGAAAUAGCCAUACCAAUGGGUAAUGACAUGUACAGUGUCCAGAUGUUAGUCACUCUCUCUGGCAAAGACUGAAAUGGAACCUAACCUUGCUCAACAGCCAUCAGUUAAGAGGAGCCACUGAGAGUUUUUUGGUUUACAGAGAAUUAUGGGAAACAGUCCCAGUGGGACUGGAUGGGAUUAAAAAGAGAAACUUGAUGUCACUUUGGAAAGGCCUGAUGUCACUUUGUAUUGUUUGAUUGACUUGUUUGUCAUCUAGACUGUUUUUGUUUGGUUUUUUGCAUGGGAGAGUGUUUUUAUUGGUGUGUGUGGCUGAGAACAUUUGCUGUUAUGUUUGCUUUUAUUCUUGAGGACUGUGUUCUCUGUAUCAGUCUGAGGGCCUACUUAUCCUGGAAUGGUGUGUUUUUCUUUUUAAAAUACUCCAUCUUUGGUUUAACUCCCAGCUCUCUUCCCUUCCUCCGACCCUAUGUCAUUUGAUUCGGCAGAGGGCAGUAUAAAUAAGUGAAAUCAACCACCACAGACUGCAGAACUCAACACCAGCUUCCAGCCUUAAAAGCCCCCUACCUCUUACCCACCCUGCAGGAGACUGAGGCAUCACAUACCUCACACACUAGAAAGAGGAACUGCACAGGACCCCGUUAAUGGAAAUGUUUCUCAUGCUCGACAGACUCAAUAGAGCUCUACUGGAUCCACCUCUAGCUCUUGAGUGUAAGUAAGCAGUGCCUGGUGCUGGUUCUGAAACUGUCCUCUUGCUUUGACACUUUCCCUACCCUCAAGCUGACCGACUGGACAUUAAAGAAAUGAUGUGAUACUGUAUUUGAUGAACAAUGCUGAAACUGCAUGGAGAUUGGAAACUGGUUGGGUCGUCAUGGGAGAACUUGUAGGUUCCAGACAUGUACAACGCUAAUGAAAAAAUAUCUGCUCAAAUAAAAACAGAAGUGAUGAUUAAAAA